AUGAGGACUCCACGGGGGCAGCCAAUCUCGGCAGAAGCCGUGAGUUUCAAUGUUGCAUUUCUCAGCGCGGCUGCCAUGAUGCCUGUGCCCAUGCAUGGCCAGCAUCAGACUUCCCAACGGCCCAAAAGACAACAGCGACACACAACGUCAGGCCAAACACUCCGUCGCUCGAGCUCAGCAUCGCCGCCGUUUGAUCACAACUCCAAUGCCCAUCGCCGCCCAGACCACUCGCGGACGUCGACCGGAAGCCAGGCGAGCCGCUCUUCUCACGAAACCGCCCUGGUAGCGGACCGCCCCGCUGUUGCCGCGGGGCACCAGCACAACUACUCAGCCGCCAACUCUCCAACCCUCCGCACCCUCACUCCUUGUCCGACAUCUUCAAUCGGUGCUUCCAGCAAGUCAACUUCUCUCAGCCCGCACCAACAUCGCCAUUGGCCCCCGGCAGAUGGGCCGCUUGGAGUUGACAUGAACCUCCUCGCCCACAGUGCCGAGUCGGUCUCAUCCGCCAGCGGCACGACGUCUCUCUCGUCUCGCACCGCCAUGACUUCGGAUAACCAAGGCCUGGGAGAUAAUCUGUUGUUGUCGAGGCCUUUUACCCAGCGGAAUGGGCGGACAUAUCUGAACGACACUUCUUUGCCGUACCCAUUGCCGUCAGACCUGACCGAGCUGCACCGCCAGUCGCUGCGAACACUUCUCCUCAUCCAGCUUUUCGGGGCUCCGGUUUGCUCACCUUCGCUAACCAAAAAUCCUCCGCAACGGGUGCUUGAGGUCGGGUGCGGCUCUGGGUUUUGGAGUAUGAUGUGCCACAGAUACUUCAAGGAAGAGGGCUACGGCAGUAUCCAUUUCACUGGCAUUGACGUUGCCCCCCUUUCGCCAGGAAGCACCGACCUAACCGCGGAUGCCACGCAACCUGACCGAGAUAUGAGGUGGAAAUUUGUCAAUCAUGAUCUUCGCCAGUUGCCUUGGCCAGUACCGUCAGGAGAGUACGAUUUGGUCAUGGUGAAAGAUAUGAGUCUUGCGACGACCAACGUACAACAUCAGCAGUUUAUCGAUGAAUAUUUGCGAUUACUACGACCGGGAGGCACUCUAGAGAUUUGGGAGUCUGAUCACCUCAUCCGCAUGCUCAGACCGCACGUGCCUGGAUCCGCAACUACCGCCGACGAUGCGGAUGAACAAGAAGCCGCUUCGAGUCUUGGCGCAUACGUCAUAUCCUCCAACACACCGCUAUCCGCACCUCUAAAUCAUUUCCUUGUCGAGUACAACACCUGGCUGACGCGGGCUCUUGAGAACCGGGACCUCAGCGCAGUACCUUGUACGUUGAUACAACCGAUACUCCUGCAAGAAUCCGAAACCGUAACAGAUGUCAAGUCCAGGCGACUGGCAAUCCCCUUGAGUGAAGUGCGCUGGGAACGUGAGGGCGUCGGUGGCGUCGUUACGCGAGAUGGCAAGCAAACAGGAGAGGGGAGAGUAAAGGGCCAGAAGCCGGAACGCACGCUCACGGCCAGUCAAAUUGCUUUACGAAAAAUAGCACUGUUAACUGUUGCCCAACAAGUGCAGGCACUUGAACCAAUUUUGAGGGAGGUGAGUGGGAAGAGCCAAGACGAGUGGGAUGUGUGGCUGGGGAAGAUGAUGAGUGAUUUAAUGAGCGACAGCGGCACGAGCUGGGGGGAGUGUCUCGAGGUCGGAGCCUGGUGGGCAAGGAAGAGAGCUUCAGAUGUGUGA